GGUCCUGGAUAGAGCGCCAACUGAGUUAAUGUGUCAUGUGUGUGUGUUUUUGUUAGAUUCCCACGAAAAUCAAGCAGAAACGGCCCAUCCAAUUCGGAUCCAAGAUCAUCGUCUUCAUCACUCUAUCGAAACGCAGAUGCAAAUUGAAUCAAGCUGUAAUUUCUCUGCUCAAUCCUGAAUCUGGAAAUGGAGUUCUCGGCGUCUCUAUCGACCAGCUCCGCGAAGCUCUACCGUGCACCCUCAGGCGCGAAAAGGAAACAGAAUUUGCUCCUGCGCAAAAGAGUGGAGUUGCAUCAAUGUCACUUUUCUUUUUCGCGGAUUAGAAGGGGGGCAGUUGGAUUUCCAUUGCAUUCAACUCCGAAGGCAAAUCACUUGCAGGUAUGUUGCCAGAGGAAAGAAAUUCAGGUCAUCAAUGCAGGAUGCAUGGAUGACAUAUAUAAUACCCUGGCCAAACGCAUUGUUCCUACAGCUGCUGCCGCAUCAAAUCCCAAUUUCAAGCAUAUUGUUGGUCUGGCCGGUCCUCCUGGUGCAGGAAAGUCCACUCUUGCCUGUGAGGUGGCUAAGAGAGUUAAUAUGAUGUGGCCACAAAAAUCUUGUUCAUUUGAUUCCCAAGUGGAAACACCUGAAGCUGCCAUUGUUCUUCCAAUGGAUGGAUUCCAUCUCUAUCGUCAUCAACUUGAUGCAACGGAGGAUCCAGAAGAAGCACAUGCCAGGAGGGGAGCUCCAUGGACAUUUGAUCCGGCUGCACUAUUAACAUGUUUAAAAACUCUGAGAGAUGAGGGAUCAGUAUAUGCUCCAUCAUUUGACCAUGGUGUUGGAGAUCCAGUGGAAAAUGAUAUAUUUGUGAAUAUUCAUCACAAGGUGGUGAUAGUUGAAGGCAAUUACUUGUUGUUGGAGGAGGGCGUUUGGAAUGACAUUUCAUCACUAUUUGAUGAAAAGUGGUUUAUCGAUGUUGACCUUGAAAAAGCAAUGCAACGAGUUUUGAAGAGGCAUAUAGCCACAGGGAGACUUCCCGAUGAUGUUGCAAGAUGGCGGAUUGAAUUCAAUGACAAACCCAAUGCUGAGCUUAUCAUGAAAUCGAAGAAAAAUGCAGAUUUGGUGAUCAACUCCAUUGAUUCUCUUCAAGACGUUUCAGUCCAUCCCUAGCUAAUUCCUGUUUGCUACAUGGCCCGGGUAUAUAUAUCUGUAUAUAAAUACUCUCUAAUGUUGAUAGAUUACCUUUCCGAUUCAUUUUUUUGAAUAUACAAAAAAGGGAAUUUCCUCUA